UUCUCAGAGUCAGUUGUGCACUACCGGUUGCGAAGUACGGAUCGUACUGUGAUUACGUGUUCAUUGACUGGUAUUCGUGAGUUAAGAAUAACAUUUUACGGUAUCGGAGAAACUGAAACAACGUGCGUGUGACACGUUCUUUACAUUCUAUUUAACCUUUCGAGGAAACACGCUCGUUCUACACUAUCGUGUGUUAGCGUUUCGAAAACACUUUUGCUCUCGUGUGCGAGUGAGUUGCAUUCGCGUCUUUCGCUACGACCUCGUCUGAGUGAAACAGAACCUGUGAAACAAACUGUCGUCGAAGAAGUCUAGAAAUGAGAAAACUUAUGGAGAAACAGCUGUCUUGGCUUGCCUUACUCGUCACUGCGUUCUACUCUCUGCUUGGCAGUUGUCGGGGCGAAGAGUGCGGACACGAAAGGCUGGUGAAGUGCGGAAGACCACUCGAGAGAAUCAACAGGAACGAUUUGAGUUUCGCCGUGAAAAAGGAGGAACUUCAGCAGCUAUGCCCAGAUUUCGAGGCUGGCAUGAAGUGCAUCCAGACGUACACGUUGGAUUGUCUGCAGGAGAAACAAAGGGAACACUUCAACUCAUUGUACGCAGGCACCAACAAGGUGGUCAUGGAGCUGUGUCAAGAUGGCCCUUAUCAGGACGAAUUCCUACGACAUGCACCAUGCAUGCAAAAGGUGCAACCGAAAUACGAGGCCUGUUACAAGAAGUACCAAAGAAUCACUCAGGAUAUCGAAAGCGGAAAUCAAAUUGCGAACCCGAAUGAACCCCUCAAGCCUUUGUGCUGUGGCUUCAGGGAAUUUUUGGAAUGCUCGCAUCAUACGAUUCGUCGGCAAUGUGGCUAUGACACAGCUCAAUUUGCAAAGGGGUUCCUCGACAGAAUGUCGAUCUCACUUCUUAAGGAACAUUGUGCGCCGUAUACGGAGAAGGAGUGCUGGAUCGGUAGCGGCGCUACUAGCGUGUACAAAGUACAGACACUAGUGAUGGUCGUUUUGGCGGUGCUAGCAAGGUACUUCACGUAAGCGAUUAGGCGGCACUCGUAGCCAGAAAAAGGGGACGAUUUCCGUGCAUCACGAGCGUCGUGCUGAAACCGGGGCCCCCGUUCGUUCUCCGCUUCAGAUUCGCCAGAAUAUUUUUUUAUUUUCCGACGAGCAACCAAGAAGAGGAAAAAAGGAGGCACGCGCACGCGAGCAACGAGUGGGUCGAGAGUAUUAAGAGAGGUAGCGCGAAGGAGAAAAAGGAAAAAGGUAACAAAGACAAAGGGGAAGGAUGUGGAGAAAGGAAAAAGGAAGGAGACGCAGGACGAGAAAAAGUUAAGGAAAGGGAAUAAACCGGCUGGACACGAUCAAAGAGAGGCAGGAAGAAAGUUCUCUCGCCACGUUCUCCGCACGCGAACUUCCUCGCCGCGCUCGUGCGGCAACCGUUUCUCUUUGACGGGAAACGCUCGUGGAAAACAAAGAAGAGAACGUGCUUUCGGACACUGCGACGGGCUUAAUCAUGCAAUCAGAAGGCACGUGCGCCAAGGUGGACGUGUUCCAUCGUGCUGUCACCACUGCUCUACUAUUCGUAGUGCUUCGAUGCUCGAGAAUCGAAUACAUGAGCUGGAUCGGUUUAAGAUCGGAUGCUGAACAUAGACGCGCCAUAUCUUGAUUACGUUUUAAGUUGUUAUUUGUCAAAUAGCUGCUCUGUUCGAGUAUUGCCUCGCGUGUCGUACUAAAGGAGAGAACAGAAAGCGUGAAGCUGACGUGAUUUAAUAGGGGAAUACAGAUGAAAACGAAAGAAAUUUACGAGAGACCAUUAGAAGAUGUCGAUACGACACGUUAAAUUCUAUUUCCAGUUUUGCUAUGGAACAGCAGUGGAAAGGAGGAAAUGAAAAUUACAACCGUGACACAUGAAACACUCGAUUCCUUGAAAAUCUGAUCAUCGAGUGUUUAAUCGUAGAUGGACGACGCGUAAAAGCGCUGAUACUCGCCUGCUUGGCGCGGAAAAGCCUUUAGAGCUAAGAAUAAAACCAUUUUCUCAUAGCGACGUAUAGCGACGAACUGUAUGAAGAAAAGGGGAAUCAAACGUGGAACGCAUCUGUUGGCGAUAAACGUAACUCCGACUAGUCAACAUUUGCCAUAUCUGUUUUCGAAGCGCACGCCACUUGAAAGAAACCAGUAUAUCCUAGAUCUUUCUAACGAAUACUAGAUGUGAUUGCUUCGAGUAAGAACGGGUAGAAGGUUCGCGCCGAGGAUCGGAUACCUCAGAAGAACUCCAAUUUCACGAGCAGCUUGAUGAAGCUGUGGGAAAUCAAGCGGAAAUGUUCGAGCAAAAAAAGUGUGGUUCUUCGGUCCAUCGAAAAACCGGUAUAAUCAUUCGAAUCUAACGUUUGUUUGAAAUAUGAUAAUUCGAAAAGUGUAUUCAAUUAAUUGAUUUUUCCUAUCGUUCAUUUUCUAUUUUUCAAUAGCUGCGACGUUUCAGAGAAAACACUCGCAUUCGUUUACCUACAUUUUAAUGAAUCAUUAAUCGAUACAGAUACGAGAGCAAAUUACGCUAGAAAUUUAACCAACAAACGUUCAACUUUAUAUCAAGAAAUGAACGAAUGAAUAGACUCGAGAGAGUGAAAUCACAGGUUUCUAUGGGUUCAAACAUCUGCGAGAUUAAAACCUACGGUACUUUGGUCGCGAAUAGCAGA